UUCAAGAUGGCUUGUAUCGUCUCAUUGUUGAUUCUCCUCUUUUUGAGUGUGGGGUAUGGUGCAGCUGCGGGUUGUCCCCAGUCUGGUCUUCCCACGGACAUGAUCAUCUUGAAUGCGCAGCCAGUCUACGACUUCAAUUUUGUUGCCCAGAUGACCUGUCCACACGGUAUGAAGAUGAUCAGUGGGUCCACGGCCCCCCAGGAGUGGAAAUGCAACACAGCUGGCAGGUGGAAUAUGAUAGGUCCUAUGGACUUUUGCACCGUGAUUGGAAGGUGUGACUAUCACUUGACUCUACCUUCCGGCGAUAUAAAAAGCCCGGGAUUCCCAGUUGGAAUGAGGGGGCCACUUCACUGUAGGUGGGACAUCGAAGUGAAACACGGUCAGAGGAUCCAUCUCGAGGUGAAGGAAAGAGAGUACUCCUGCGCUAUCAAAGCCAGCCUCGCCAUUGAUCUGGAGCCGUGGAUGAGGCCCGACACCCCAAUCGAACUCUGCCACUCUGGGACCCUCAAACCAUUGGCAAAGAGUGUAUAUGAAUCGCAUUCUAGUACAGCCUUGGUGACGGCAAGAAAACCUUACGAUAGGGCGUCGCAGAAGGGGUUUUGGAUAACAUAUCUAGCUGUUGGUUGCCCCGAAGCUGACCUGCCUUCAGGCAUGAUAGUGGACAAUGCAGUUGACGUGUACGACCAUGGCUAUCUAGCCCGUCUAGUCUGCAAAGAAGGUCAAGAACUACCAUCUAGAAGUAAUUCGUUGGAAUACAGAUGCAAUGAGGAUAACACGUGGAAGGUGGUUGGAUCGAAGGAAAAAUGCAUGCCAAAGAGAUGCAUCUAUGACCUGACUGGACCUUCCGGUGAAAUCAAAAGUCCGGGCUACCCGACCCCAUUGACGGACUCAAUUGAUGGCUGCACCUGGCUCGUGAUGGUAGAACCUGGCCAGAGGAUCCACCUCGUGGUCAAGGAAAGAGACCUCCGCUGUAAUGUGGCCAACUUCACCCUUGAUCUGUACGACGGUAAACCGAUGAAUCUAUGCCACAAAUGGAUGAAUAAGCCAUUAAAUCCUAAUGAAUUUAACUCUGUGGCUAACAAGGCGUCUGUCUACUGUAAAAAGCAUUCAAGCGACCCGAUGAAAGGAUUUUAUAUCACAUAUAAAGCUGUUGGUUGUGAGAAGCUAGAUCUUCCCCCGGGAAUAUUUGAAAACGAAGCCACGGUCUACGACCCGGGGUACGUCGUUCGACUGAAGUGUCCGGCUGGAAUGGAGCCGCAGUAUGGUUCCAACGAUCCGUUUGAGUGGAAAUGUGGUGAUGACAACAGGUGGACGAGGGUGGGGACACAUGAACUUUGCAUUAAACCAGUUAUCGUGCACCAAUUCCUGACAGCGCGGUUUGCCGAAAUAAGAAGUCCAGGCUACCCCAACCCACUGACUUUGCGAGAAGACCAUACCUGGACCAUCAAGGUGGAGCCUGGUCAGAAGAUCCGAUUUGAAAUCAAGGAGAGAGAGUACCGUUGUAACAACUCUACUCUCAUGCUUGACAUGUUCCACUUUGGCCGGAUACCUCUCUGCGUUCCUUGGGAUCAACCGACAGAAUCUUUGAUGAAGACCGAGUAUGAUUCUCAGACCAAUGGUGCUGAGAUUUUCGCUAGGAGCUAUCCAUGGGACCCUUUGAAGAAGUUUAUAAUAGCCUACAAAGCCGUUGGUUGCCCCACCUCUGGUCUACCUUCAGACACGAUGAUAACCCCAAAGGGCCUGGAAUCCAGAGACACAGACUACAUCGUCCACGUUGUAUGCAAGGAGGGGUUCAGGUUGGCCUCUGGAUCCCAUGCGCCUCUGGAGUACAAAUGUAACGCUGAUAACACGUGGACGAGGAUGGGAGGGAAUGACACAUGCAUUUCAAUUGUGAAUUGUACAACUCCUUCUAAUAAAAUCCUCCAUGGUUUCCUGACUGGCACUUCUGGUUUCAAUGCCAGCUAUCGUUGCACCUACGGGUUCUACUUUGAUGUCGCCCGGACGAAGAACGAGAUGAAUAUAACAUGUGGUACGGAUGGUGUGUGGAAUAAAAAGGAGCUAAGCUGCCAAUACAAUGCUACAUGUAGAUCACUUCCCGAUGAUCAUAUCGAGAAUGGCAUAAGAAUAAAAUACACCGGCAAUUCACUGGAGGAUACUGCAGUCUACCAAUGCAGGUAUGGCUUCUUCCUCGAUGCGGGACUCACCGUCAACUCGACGCAGUUGGAAUGUGAACCGGAUGGAACUUGGACGGAAGGAGUCCCAGCUUGUGAUUAUGCUGUUUCCUGUCCCCAACUUUCCCACCAGGCGAAGAAUGCCUUUAUUUUUGACCAGACCGGACACAACCCACGAGACAACGCCACCUAUCGGUGUAUUGAUGGUUUCUUUGGUGACGAGAGCAGGACGAUCACGGAGCUGUCAGUCAUGUGCCAAAUUGACGGGACGUGGAACGGCUCGCUCCCAGAAUGCAACUACGCUGCUAUUUGCCCCGACCUACAAGAUCCGGUCAAUUUUCCAUUUUGGCACUUUGUAAACCGCUCCCGUUACGACGGUCAUUCCCUCGGGGACAGGGCAACCUAUAAUUGCCUUCAUGGCUUUGAGAUGUACUUCGUUGACGGGACCAAUGCGAGUGUGGUCGAAACUGAAUGUCGGUCAGAUGGGACAUGGAGUCGUGAGAUCACGAUGUGCAACCAAGAUAUUCCGAAAUGUCCCAUCCCGAAGCUUUCCGGUCUAAUCACUAAUGGAUUUACGAAAGAUCUCACAGGAAAUAGCCCCGGAGAUACCGCCACCUAUCAGUGUGUCCCGGGAUUCUUCUUCGAUGAGAAGAGGACUCAGACAGAGAAAGUGUUAACCUGCACAGGAGCUUCGACAUGGAAUGCUCCAACACCAUCAUGCAUAUACGCUGCCAUUUGUCCCGAACUCCCCGCCUUCCUCUCAGCACACCGGACACGCUAUGACGGCCGCUACCUUGGAAACCAGACCACCUUCACGUGCUAUGACGGCUUCUUCAUGUUCUUUGCUGACGGCACGAACUCGAGUGUUGUCAAUAUCCACUGUGGAGCCGAUGGAAAGUGGAGCCGAGAGAUAUCCGCAUGCAGCCCAGUAGUUCCAUUAUGUGACGUGCCGAGGCUGUCAGGCACAACUUUCAACGGAAUUCUCUACGAGGGCACUGGGAAUCACCCUGGAGCGAACAUGACCUUCAAAUGUGACCAUGGCUUCUUCUACAACGAGGAGAGAACGCUCACAGAGAAGACGUUGGUUUGUAAUGGCAAUGGCAGUUGGAGCAGUAUGAUACCGUCAUGCAAAUAUCCCAUCAGCUGUCCAGAGCUCCUUGCUGUAAAGUCGGCGAACCGCACGCGCUAUGACGGCCACUCUCUCGGUGAUCGGGCAACCUACAACUGCAACAACGGGACCAUGAUGCACUUCACUGAUGGUAUUAAGAAGGAUGUGGUUGAAAUUGAAUGUGAAUCUGAUGGGAAGUGGAGUAGGGACGUAGCUGACUGCAGGGCAGACGUACCAGAAUGUGUUAUCCUCUCACAUACGACCACAAACGGGUUCAUCGUGGACUUGACCGGAAACCACCCUGGCGACACUACCACCUAUCGGUGUAACAUGGGAUUCUUCUUCGACCAAGAGAGGAAACAGACGGAAAAGACGUUGACGUGUAAAGGCGAUGAGAGUUGGGAUGGACCAAUGCCUUCUUGCGCAUAUCCCAUCGAGUGUAAUGAUCUCACCAAUGUCCAGUGGCUCAACCGUACACGUUAUGAGGGUCAUUCCCUGGGCGACAAAGCGACCUUCAGCUGCCCAAAGGGACAAGCAAUGUUUUUCGUAGACGGAACGAACUCAAGUGUUGUGGACAUAGAAUGCAACGCGGAUGGAAAGUGGAGCAGGGAACUAUCAAUAUGCAGAGUAGAUGCUCCAAAGUGCCCAAUCCUGUCUCACUCCAUCGAACAAGGGUUCAUUUAUGACGUUACCGGAAAUAAGCCUAAGGAUAUCACCACCUAUCGGUGUAAUAUGGGAUUCUUCUUUGACGGUUUGAGAACGCAGACAGAAUACACGCUGACAUGCAGGGGAGACGGCAGUUGGGACGGGAUAGAGCGACCAACAUGCAGAUACCCUAUUUUAUGUCCGGACCUUCAGAAUGUCCACAUGGCCCAAAGCACCCGGUACGACGGUCAUUCCCUCGGUGACCAAGCUAUCUUCACCUGCCAUAAUGGCUUCUUCAUGCACUUUGAAGACGGCACAAUGGUGAGCAAGAUCCAGAUAGAAUGUGAGGCGGAUGGAAAAUGGAGUAAAGAAAUUACUUUCUGUACCAGUAAUAUUCCAGUAUGUCCGACCCACGCCCGUGACGUCACACAUGGGUUACUGGUAAACGUGACCGGGAACCACCCAGGGGACAACAACACCUAUCAAUGCAAUAACGGUUACUUCUUGGACGAGGCGAGAACGCAGAUAGAGAAGACACUGACUUGUAAAGGUGACGGGAGUUGGAACGCUAAUCGACCAUCAUGCGAAUAUCCGGCACUUUGCCCCAACAUUGAUAACAUCCCAAAUGCCAUCAAAGUACGCUCUGACGGCAAUACCUACGGCGACGAGGCUGAGUUUCAUUGCAAGGCUGGCUUCAUCUUCAGCACGGGGAAGAAAGACAACUUCGUCAUACUUGAAUGUGAGGCUAAUGGGAGAUGGAGUCGGAAUAUCUCGGAGUGCAUCACGGAAGAAGAGUGGGAACGAAUAGAGAGCGCUAAGCUGGGUGCAAACAGGUCGAGUGGGUUAGAUCGUGGCAGCACAGCUGGUGUUGUCGUGGGCGUGCUUCUUAUUGCUUUGAUAGCCCUAGCGGUGGUGGCAGGAGUCAUUUACUAUAAAAGGGUUCGUGUUCCCGAAAAUAAGCCGACAAGGUUUGAAAACCCAGCUGAAGAGAUGACGAGCACGACAGAUUCCAAUGUUGGACUGAGUGUUCAAAACAAGUCGGCGGCUUACAAGGCAGACAGUAACUUUUAGGGAACGACAAAUAACUGUUGGAGAGAAUUAGACCGACGUUCAGGCUAUAUUCCUUUACACAUGAUGUGCAGAAAGGGGUAAUUCCUUUUCUAGUGUUCUUGUGCAGCCGGUGUGUCGACCUCUGAACUCUGAUAUGUCCAACGAAUCAAAAAAUUGUCAUCUUCUUUCGACAAAAGAGGCUUUUUCAAUCGUAGCACGUUCCUUAGUACGUAAGUUUGUCCACAGCGGAGAGGGUGCCGUGCUUUUUAUCUGUUUUUGUAAAUGUUCCUUUAACUUCCAAGUUGAUGUGGAAAAAUUUUCAAGGUCAAGUCGAGUUUUCCCAAAUGUGGAGUUACCUUUACCUUUUAACAGCUGACUUCCCAAAUAUGUAGAGACUUUCUUCACGUUUUGACGUAUUGCAUGUUCGAUAUUAUUCUGUUAUUGCCGAUUCGGCAAUGUUGCGCACACGGAUUCCGUAUGCGUCAUUUUCAUGCGCACAAAGGCACAUACAGCUGUAGAAUGUUUUCGAUUGAUUAACAGUGAUUUGAUUUUAGU